GGCAUUGAAAGUUAAAACAUAGGAAAGGAAGCACCAAAAAUGGAGAACAAAGGAGAGACUAAUGGAGAAGUUAAGAAUAAGAAUGAAAAAGAAGGAAAAGAAAAGGAGGCACCUCCACUUAUGGCACUGAAUCAUGUGUCAAGGCUGUGCAGAAAUCUGAAGGACUGCAUUGAUUUCUACACCAAGAUUCUUGGGUUUGUGCCAAUCAUGAAGAGACCUCAAACUCUCGACUUCGAAGGCGCAUGGCUGUUCAACUAUGGCGUUGGAAUCCACUUGCGGCAGUCCGAGGAUGAAGAACGGUUGCCAUUGGAAAUCAAGCCCUUGGAUCCCAAGGAUAAUCAUAUUUCUUUCCAGUCUGAAGAUGUAAAAGCCAUGGAGCAGAGGUUGAAAGACUUCAAUUGGAAGUACAUGAAGAGGACGAUAGAGGAUGAAAAUGGGACCCCGAUUGAGCAGCUGUUUUUCAAUGAUCCAGAUGGGUUCACGGUUGAAAUCUGCAACCGUGAGAAUCUUAAGCUUGUUCCUGCAGGUUCAUUCGGCAGGUUAAAGCUCCCAUUUGAUCGGCACAAUCCACCGGUUGAAUUGGACAAAGAUGAUGGUGGUGAUGAUGCAUAGUCUGAAGUAGAAACUUAGGCAUAUGUCUUUAAGUUAGGGUUUAUGCUCCUUUUCUCUUCAAUUUGCAAAAUUUUGCUAAGCUUUUCUUCCAAUGAUAGACUUACAGUUACUGAUAUAGAGAAGGGCAGUUGAGUAAACUGAAUAAUUGUUG